UGAAGUCUAGGUAAGUGUACAAUCGUUGCUAUUAGAACGGUGACCGGAACCGAUUUUUUUUUUUUCAAAAACCAUAAUAGUGCUAAAAGAUCUCAAACGUUUUAGUGCUUAUGGUGAAAGGGCGUAACGGAAAAAACUUACUAAUGCUCAACGGUUACACGUAUUACCAACAUAAAGUGCUCAAAGACGGUUACCGAUGGAGUUGCACUCAGAUGGGGUCCAGGUCGUGCAGAGGAUUCUUGCACGUCACAAACGAUAUGCUGGUUAUACGAGCGCAAACAGAACAUACUCAUCCACCCUCGAAGUACUUAUUGGAGAGCACGAAAAUGCAGAGAUCUUAUUAUGCCAAUUUGGAAAGUUUCAAGACGAGGAGACCGAAUGAAUCUAUAAAUCCAAUAGCGUUUAAAAUAAGCAAAAUACACGGGAGAUCUUCUUUUUAAUUAAUCUAUUUAGAGUUAUUUGGUUCUCUUCAAGGGAUAACUGGACUUGCAAUUUGAUAGUGCAAAUCGUGUCGAUUACAUUCAUAAUAUAUUAUUGUUAGCUCUUGAAUUGUACUAAGGAUUUAUUUUGUAUUAAAUAACAAGUAAAAAAUUGUUGAAUAACUAAAAUAUAUUGUAUAUACAUUAGAUCACCAUUGUAUCUUAUAAUCAUGUAUGAUUAUUAAAAAAUAUAACGCCAUCAACAAAAUAUCAUUUUUUAUUUUUUUUUCUCUUGCCAUAAUUUGUCUUGAUAUGUUUUUGUCUUUAAAUAUUAUUGUAACGAACAAUCCACUUAAUAUUGUACGAUGAUUUUGCCUGAACUUAGCGUAAAAAUAAAAUCGUAACGACAUUGGCUGCCGUAAACCGUGUCCUUUCGAUUCUAAUAUUGCAUGCAAUAAACAAAAUUAACCUCGACAAUUAUACGAUUUGUCAAUAUUUUGUCCCGCAGUUGAGUUCUACUUGCGUCCAAGCGGUCGGAUCAAUCUCCGCUUAAACAAUUUUACUUUCUACAAGCAUUUGAAGGCCAGGUCCAACGCGUACCGCUGGAGUUGCACUGCUUACGGUUCGAAAUGGAAAUGCAAAGCGCAUCUCGUCAUCACCGAUAAACUCGAAGUUCUAAAGGCGAAUAUUCUUCACAGUCAUCCGCCCACCUCGAAACGACCGGACGUUCGGAAAAUCGUUGAUUUGAAACACUCGAUUAACGAGAGAGAGAUUAAAAGGGUUGGUAAAAUAAAAUCGGACAUCGGAACUGAUUCUCAAUCGAAUUACACUCUGACGUCACCGCUUCAUAAUUAUCUCGUGGCUCACAGCGUUUUCGGAACCUAUUAAGAUCGAAGACCAAUUAAUUUCAAUUUGUCAUUUUUAUCUUUCCUUUUUAUUUUCUCGAAGCAAUAAAUUGCUAUAAAAAUAUAUAUAUUAAUUAGUAAUUUUAUGGAUUAUUCGAACAGCUCUAGAGCUAAUUAGUGUUAAGACCGUAAGAUUAUGAUUCUUGAUUUUAGUAUGCUCAUUUUUAGCAACGUGCCUUUACAAAUAACGUGUCUUCUAGAAUUAACAUCUAUGAAUCAUGAAUGUCUCCGGUAUAUCAUUGUAGUUUUAUAAAUUGUAAAAUAAGUUAUUUAAUCGUUUGAGUGUGAUAAUUUGCAUUUCGUAAUAAAUUGUCCAGUAUUAUUUUGUGAUCGUUUUAAAUUAUUUUAAGGAAAUAUGUAUAUUAAGACUGCUGGUUUUUUUUUUUUUUGUGAUAAUACGGCAUCUAAUUUUAGAUCUCAGAAGCAUUUUAGUGAUGUGAAGUUUUUUUUUUCCUUAUGUGUCCUAUUUUUAAAGUAAGUUUUUCGCAUUACUUUUAACUUUGAUUUCAUUUAUUCUUAAGCUUUUUUUUACGAACUUUUGUAUACGAUUAAUGUUUUCUAAAUUAAGUAUUUGAUCAAUAAUGCUUGCCCUCGUUCUACUAUUUUAUAUAUCUUUAUUAAAUAUUGAGU